AGCACGAGCAAACGGUAGUCGAUAUCGGCACGGGGCAUAUUCUUCAUCUUGUUAACUUCAAUAUGGCGACAGAGUUCCAUAACCUGCAGGAGCUGAGGCACAAUGCAUCUCUAGUAACGAAGGUAUUCAUACAGAGAGACUACAGUGAGGGAACCGUGUGCCGCUUUCAGAACAAGUUCCCCUCAGAGCUCGACAACAGGAUUGAGCGAACCUUACUGGAGGAAACGGUGAAGACCUUGAACUCUUACUAUGUGGAGGCUGAAAAAAUUGGAGGCCAGUCGUACCUGGAGGGAUGUCUGGCAUGUGCAACAGCGUAUAUCAUCUUUCUCUGCAUGGAGACGCGCUAUGAAAAGGUGCUGAAGAAGAUAUCAAGCUAUAUCCAGGAGCAGAAUGAGAAGAUCUAUGCUCCCAGAGGUCUGCUGCUCACAGACCCCAUAGAGAGAGGAAUGAGGGUUCUAGAGAUCAGCGUGUUUGAAGACAGGGGCUCAGGCAGCUCCAGUCCCAGCAGCACCAUGUCGUCGGCAGGCAGUGCUCGAUGACUGGAGGGGCAGCGCCAGGCUUAUGGGUACCACCACAGGGGCAGCGGGACUCUCACCAACAUCCGCAUGCUGAAACAUGAGAGCACCAGGUUCUAAGAGGAGUGAGAACAAGGCGAGGAGGUGAUCUACAGCAUUCACACUUCCUGCCAACUGGAGAAAAGGAGCUGGCAUACACAAACACACUGAAUUUAAACAGAAACCCACACUAAACAGCAGAAGUCUUCAUAAACCAACAUCCAGAAAGUCUAUGAGGGAAUA